CUCCAGACGCACCAACCGCAAGCCCCGGCGCUCGCUCCCACCCCCGCAGCGUGUGACCCAGCAGCCCGCGCUAGUCUCGGCCAUGCCGUUCCUGGAGCUGGAGACCAGCCUCCCGGCCGCUCAGCUGCCCCGGGGCUUAGCCGGCAAACUGUGCGCGGCCGCUGCGGCCAUCCUGAGCAAGCCCGAGGAGAGGAUAAACGUCACGGUGAAGAGUGACUUGCCCAUGGUGGUUGGAGGCUCCGCAGCACCCUGCGCUCAGCUGUUCGUCUCAUCCAUCGCAGUGGUGGGAACUGCGGAGCAGAACAGAGGGCACAGUGCCAAGUUCUUUGAGUUCCUUACCAAGGAGCUGGGGCUCGGUGCAGACAGGAUUGUUAUCCGUUUUUAUCCACUGGAACCUUGGCAGAUUGGCAAGAAAGGAACUGUCAUGACUUUCUUAUGAUCUCUUCAAGAAACCCAUUAAAAAGAAACCCUUGUGGAGGGCACAACCCAAGGAUGGCCAGCUCUACCUGUUUGUUUCUAUGCAAGAUUUGAUAUGUAUCCUUCUGUACCUCCAUUCAUAUAGUUCCUUUCUGUUUCUGCUUCCUAUGUGCACACAUCUCCAAAGCGGGGCUUACCAGCCAAACUCUUUGACAGUAACAGUUGGAGGUCUUUGUCUCACACCUGUCUUGUGGCCCAGAGACAAUGCAGUUACCUAUGAUCUCAAACAAAACUUGAAUCGUGAGCUUUGUGUAGCUGGGAGUUUGUUUUGUCAGCAGCAGCGUCAUGAUGGCCUUCCUUAUUUGGAUCCAGUUAAUCCAAGUUCUGUAGUCUUUUCCUUUAGCAAUGAACAGUUUUCUUUCUUUCUGUUGCAUGACUGGCAUCAUUGAUAACUGACAGGGGAGGUUGUCCAGUUUUGUUCAGCCCGAGGGCCGCUUUGCAAGAGAACUACAGAUCCUGUCAUGUGCCAACCUUUCCUCUUCCUUGUGAAAUUGUCUGUUCUAGGAGUCCAUGGGCCAUAGCUUGAGACUUUAUGGGCUUAACUUCACCACCAGAUAGAAUGCUGAUUGGGACCAUGUCCCUGUAGACUCUUCUACACCAGAAGUCACUAAAUGUAGCUCAUUAGUCUGGCAAUAGGCACUAAACUAAUCCUCAGUAGUUGAGGGCAGAGAGAGUCAAGGGGACCUGAGAUCUUUCACUUCCAACUUCUGUGACCAUAUCUUCCAUUCUAAACCUCCUACCCCAUACCCAUUUCUGGGAAGAGAGAAUAUUGGUCUGAGGGAAGAAUCUUUUAACUUGUAUGGAGUGGCUGGGCUAGGGCUUCUUUCUAAUCUCCUGCUCUGAGCUCUACUUCACUAGGAUCAUUGGCUUGCACAGGUGGAUAUUCCCAUGUUCAGUCUAUAGACUCCUGUAGUUUAAUAUCAAUGUGCAUAUUGUGCACUGGGGUAUGUGUGGAAGAGGGCUACUUAUUGCAGAAUCAUUUCAUACCCUAGGAUGUGGAGCCCAGGAAAUUGUUUUGCUGGUUCUGGUAAUUGGUUUCAAUUCCUGUAACUUGCCUCCUUGUUCACAGUAUUUUUCCUCAACCCUCUCACUACAGUGAGCAAUAUCGGAACACUUUUUAUUUUAUGUGAUGGGGCAAGGCCAGAUAGCUAUAUUUGCUCCAGGCUAAACAAAUCCCUGGUACCAAGAUAAGUGAAAUGGCAGUUGCUCCAGGUCAAUUAAGACACUUUCCAGAAGGCAGGGAGAAUGCUAGGUUGAUUGGGACACCUGAAGCCAAUCAGGGGCUGGCUGAAACUAGUUAAAAGCCUCCCAGUUAGGUGGGAGUGAAUGUCAGGAGCUGUGGGAGGAAGUUGUGCUGUUGGAAAGGCUGAGUAGUACACACUGUAUCAGGCACAAGGAAGGAGGCCCUGAGGUAAGGGUGAAGUGGAGCUUGAGGAAGUGAGGGCUGCUGUGGGGGAAGUAGCCCAGGGAAUUGUACCUGUCAUGUUUCUAAAAGGUCAGCUACCAUAGCCGAUACUAUUAGGGUCCCUGGGCUGGAGCAUGGAGUAGAGGAUGGGCCCAGGCUCCCCCCCCGCCACCUUUGCCCCCUUUUAAUCACUGAGACUGGGAGACAACAGAGACUGUGCAAGGAAGGAUAACUUCUCCUCACCUCCCUCGCUGGCUUAUGAUGAAAAUGGCUCAGUAGACAGUGACCCUUAUCUCUAGAGAAAGAAGGGUUAUGUGGCGGGUUAUGUGAGCCUCUGAGGCUAGCGAAAUCCGCCAGGAAACGUGGGACCCACAGAGGCAAGGACAGAGCUUUGUCACAAUACAAAGACAUCAAAAUAUGAAUCCAAUUAUUUAAAAACUAAGAUCACACAUUCCAAUCUAGACUGGAUUAAAUAUUAGUUAGUGUGCAAAAGAAACAAUCUUGUCUAGGCUGGUAAUAGAUUACAUGAUUUAACAGAUAUUUUCCAUCUCUAGAUUCUGUUCUCAAUUUUUACCCAUCCUCACCAAAUUCAAAUGUCAUUAAAAUCUAAAUAUACAAGUCACACAUCUUGUAUUGGAGAAAAUUGUUGCUUGUCCUAUUACUGUAAAAGACAUAGGCUUUUAAACCUGUGAUAAAUGUAUUUAUUUGUUCUUUUAAAAUGUGGUUCAUCUAUAUGAAACAUCUCCAGGAUUCCUUAUUUUGUAAUCUUCAUUGCACAUGGUUAUAAUGUUUUGAUGGCAAUGUAACCAAGAUGCCAUGCAGACAAUGAAUGGUUGGAUCUUAAUUUCUGAAAGAUAUUCAGAUACUCGGUGCCAAUUUUCUUACAGUUUGACUCCGUAAUGAAUCCUGACUAACUGGGAGGCUUUUAACUAGUUUCAGCCAGCCUCUGAUUGGCUUCAGGUGUCCCAAUCAACCUAGCAUUCUCCCUGCCUUCUGGAAAGUGUCUUAAUUGACCUGGAGCAGCUGCCAUUUCACUUAUCCUGGUACCAGGGAUUUGUUUAGCCUGGAGCUAAUACAUCUAUCUCCCACUACUCUUCCAUAGCCAUCUGGCCUUGACCUGUCACAUUUACAAAUGCUUUCAAUGUUCUGUGGGUGGUGGAGAGGAGCUGAUGAAUUUCCACAUAACUGACUUCUUGCAGUGCCUGUGGGUUUUCCUUUUUUUCUUCCCCCCCCCCCCCCCUUAUUGGACCCAGGGCCUUGCUACAUCUGUUGUAAUGCCCAUUCUCUUAGUAGGUGAGUUUUCCCCUUGGUGCCCUUCUAGUUGGUCACUUUAUAACUGGAUUAUACACAAUAUUUUACUACAAAAAAACCCCUCAACCCCCCUAGUUAUCGUCUAUGGGAUUUCCUUACUUUUGCAUUUCACUCAGCAGAGAUAAUGAAGAUAGAGUUGUCAGUUUCAUUUUCAUUUAUAGUGACUUUCUAAGGUCCAAGUCCUGCAAACAUUUAGGCAUAUGAAUAGUUGCACUGAAUCAAUUGGGAUUACUCAUGUGAAUAAGUGUUUUGAGGGUCAGGAUUAAAUUUUUCAUUUUCUGGUUCUGAUGUACUACUACAGUGUUUAAUUGUCGGGUAUUUACAGCAUUGCAAGGGAAUAGUUCAUUUUUAAAUGUAAUUAAUUUCCUCUUUCAUUGCUCACAGAAUACUUUUUAUUCCAGUUAGGUUCUGUAAUUUUUUUUAAACACAAU